AUGUCUUCACUAUGGCGGCCAGCCGAAGUUAACCCUCUGAAUGGGAAAAGCUUCACCUUUCCGCUGUUUCGGAUCUGGGAUCUCUACUCCACAGCCUUCUGGCUUGCCACGCUAGGAUUCUUCGUGGCCUUUUUCUCCUGGUUUGCGUUUUCUCCCCUUGUGCCUGAGGCGGUGAAAGCGGAUCUCAACCUUACCCAGGACCAGGUCACCAACUCCAACCUAGCUUCUCUCGGCGGCACGGCGAUCGUGCGUCUGAUUGCUGGUCCCGCAUGUGAUAAAUUCGGGCCUCGCAAAGUCCUGGCUGCCCUCCUCGUGCUCGGUGCCAUUCCGUCAGGCCUGGCGGCACUGGUUACCAAUAUCCAAGGACUAGAGGCGGUGCGAUUCUUCAUCUCUAUCCUUGGGGGCACCUUUGUUCCGACCCAAGCUUACACCACCACUUUUUUUGACAAGUCCAUUGUUGGCACCGCCAACGCCUUUUCGGGUGGCUGGGGUAACCUGGGUGGUGGAGUGACUGUCGCCGUGAUGAUCGGCUUGUACCAACGAUACGUCAAGGCGGGUUACAGCCCUCACCUCGCUUGGCGUCUAUGCUUUGUCACGGUUCCUGUGCCAUGCCUAUUGCUCGUCGCCGUCAUCAUUCUGCUGUUUGGAAGAGACCACCCUGGCGGCAAAUGGUCACAGCGCCACCAGGUGGGCAGCUUGGCCGUAGAGAAGGUCCCGUCGGAGCCGCUGACCCUUGCGGCGCUGCUCAAGAUCCUUGCCGACCUCCGCGUCUGGUCGUGUGCUUUAUGCUAUCUCCUCACCUUUGGCCUCGAAACAGCGAUGGACGCGGCGCUCCCUGGGUUGAUCAACACUCUAUUUGCUAGCAAGUCGUUCACGAUCACAGAUGCAGCCUAUGCAGCGUCCACCUACGGCCUCAUGAACUUGUUCGCUCGGCCGCUGGGAGGGAUAAUGUCAGACCUUCUCUACGCCCGAUUUGGGCUCCGUGCCAAAAUGUACUGGCUCCUGACCACCGCUCUGUCUCAGGGGAUCGCCAUGAUUGGCCUAGGGGUCUACAUCAACAAAAAUGACGCUACUAUCGGCGGCGUAAUCGGCUUCCUUGUUGCAAUUGCAGUCACCGGGUUCGCAGCCAACGGCGCCUGUUAUUCGAUCUACGGCCACCUGCGCCCAAAAAAUAUUGGUGCUGUGGCCGGUAUCGUUGGCGCUGGCGGCAACAUUGGGGGUCUCCUUUACACCUUGAUCUUCAAGUACCAGCCGGGAGUUCGUCUGCCGCCGUCGCCAAGCCACCCGCACGGGUACAAUUCGCUUGGGAAAAAGUUCUGGAUUGCAGGAUUGUUCAAUGCGGCGGCUGUAUUGCCGCUUUUUCUUGUGCCGCUAGGUGAUGCUGUGUAG